AUGAAGGCUACCCCGUUGCUCAUCGCAUGGCACAACGAUAAUGCCCCAAUCUACUCGGUUCAUUUCGACCCCAAUGGUAAAGGUCGCCUGGCGACGGCCGGAAAUGACAACAAUGUCCGCCUAUGGAGAGUGGAAUCAACAGGCGAAGAACGAAAGGUGUCCUACCUGAGUACACUGGUGAAACAUACACAAGCCGUCAAUGUCGUUCGGUUCAGUCCAAAAGGCGAGAUGCUGGCAUCUGCUGGAGACGACGGUAACGUGCUCCUUUGGGUACCGUCGGAGCUGCAGACCCAGGCUCCACUGGGAGAGGAUCGGUCGGAUGAUAAAGAGACAUGGAGGGUGAAGCAUAUGUGUCGCUCUUCCGGAGCUGAAAUUUAUGACCUUGCGUGGUCCCCGGACGGCGUGUUCAUCAUCACAGGGAGUAUGGACAAUAUUGCGCGGAUAUACAACGCCCAAACAGGACAAAUGGUGCGCCAGAUCGCGGAGCAUUCGCAUUAUGUUCAAGGAGUGGCUUGGGAUCCCCUCAACGAAUUCGUGGCCACGCAGUCAUCGGACAGAUCUGUACACAUCUAUAGCCUGAAGACAAAAGAUGGCCAGUUCACACUUACCUCUCAUGGCAAGUUUUUGAAGAUGGACUUGCCGGCCAAGCGUAUCUCGGCCAGUCCGGCGCCUCAGGACACAUCCGUCCGGUCGCAGCCGGCUAAUGCCAGUGCAGCUGCAAUCACUUCUCCAGCGCCGUCGACUCCGGGCACGCCAAUGGCUAACUUGCCAAUGGACCCUCCACCCGUUUCCCAUAGCCGCAGGUCGUCAUUUGGUUCCUCCCCAUCGAUCCGCCGCUCUGCAUCCCCGGCGCCAUCUCUACCGUUGCCAGCCGUGAAGCCUCUGGAAGUACCAUCACCGGGGCUUCUAGGUGGGCUGGGCGUCAAGAAUGCUAACAUCUAUGCCAACGAAACUUUCACGUCCUUUUUUAGGCGAUUGACUUUCGCUCCCGAUGGCAGCUUGCUGUUUACACCGGCAGGCCAGUACAAGACUUCGCAUAUGUCUGCGACAGAUCCCACCAAAACUACGGACGAGGUCAUCAAUACCGUUUACGUGUAUACUCGGGCAGGUUUCAACAAACCUCCAAUCUCCCAUCUUCCAGGCCACAAGAAACCUUCUGUUGCGGUAAAAUGCUCUCCCAUCUUUUAUACCUUGCGACAGACCUCCCAGCCGGCUCGUCAUAUUACUUUGGAUACUUCUUCUGGAGAGGAGACAUUUGCCUCUCUUCCGGAUCCUGUAGUAAAUUCAACAACUGACCGUCCAUCUAUGGAGCCUCCAACAUCGGCACAUACCGCGGGCGACACGGCAAGGAUCAACCAGACAUCAAAGGACGAGAGCCCUUCCACCACUCCAGGACCAAUGCCUGUUUUUGCAUUACCUUACCGAAUCGUAUAUGCAGUGGCUACUCAGGACUCCGUCUUGGUGUAUGAUACCCAGCAACAAGCUCCGAUAUGCGUAGUCAGCAAUUUACACUUCGCAACUUUUACUGAUUUGACAUGGUCGAAUGAUGGUUUGACAUUGAUAAUGAGCUCGUCGGAUGGCUUCUGUUCUACUCUUACGUUUGCACCAGGAGAGUUAGGUCAACCCUAUACUGCUCCAGUGUCAACCGCCCACCAGACUUCAGCUUCUAGCGUGCAGUCCACAGGUCAUGCACCAAACUCGGCCAAACCAAUCCCGGGAAUGACCCCAGGCAACGCAACUCCAAUACCUCCAGUGCCUCCGGCAAGCCCUGCGCGGUCUAACUCUGUAUCCUCGAUUGCCACGCAAUCUACUGCUGCGCAGCAAGCCACGGGGUCUGUUGUCAAUAACCCGACACCGACACUCGGAUCUGUGCCGUUAGUCACAGCAACGCAUUCGUCACAACCACCAACUCUGCCACUUACUACGCCGCCGCAGACACCGAUGUCGGCUGUCGCUCAGAGCGGGACAAGUACUGUCAGUAACAGUGUUCUAGGCAAGCGAGCCAGCGAGUCUGAAAAAGAGGACAUUAAGGACCAGCAUUGUGUUCCACAAGUACAGCAGCCGAAGAAGAGACGAGUAGCGCCGACUCUCGUUUCCACUGGCAAUGGCCCCUCGUCCUCGAAAGAUGGUUCCCAGAAUACCGACGUUGGCGGCUAA